AUGGAUGAACUCUACAGCAUUGGCCAGAAGGUUGCACAGGGUGGUCAGCUCGAUGGUGCGUUGGGGGAUCCGGAGCAAAUUGCCAAGCUCUUUCAAGGAGCCAACAUGGAGGAGUACUUGCAGAGCUACGAGAAGAUGCUGCAAGAAGGGAUUGCCCCUGAAAUGAGCGCUCCAUUGGAUGAGGUGGAUCAUGAAGGGGGUAUCACCACCAGACCCGAGCCCGGAUUUGUCGUGAAGACCAGAGACAAUGCUUCAGGGGCAAAGGUCUUUAUCAACAUUGUGUCGAGCCCUCACAUUGAGGCACCGCACAUGAAGAGCUACGUUGAGUUGGAAGGCGAACAAGGCUGUCGCGUGCCUUUGUCUAUUGGCACUCCUGUUGAGGACUUCGACAAGAAAGGCGAGCCUUGCGUCAGCUAUGAUGUGGUGGCCAAUCCGGAGGUGGUUGAGCAAUGCUCCACUGAACCAGCCUUCCGAGAGCAGGUGGUGCAGUUGUGCCUGGCAGCCGUGGCACAGAAGUACAAGAUUGAGUUAGAUCCUCGUUUCAAGCUUCCGAAGAUCAAGUACAAGGGCACUUCCGUUCAGCUGCAGCGUAUUCGUAAAAAGAAGGAAUCACAGAUCCAGGAGGUUGAUGACUCCAAAGCUCCCCUACCUGGUACCAGUGCUAGCAGGCGGGCCGCUGGAGAAUCUGCCUUCCAUGGGAAGCCGGCAGAUGGUCCAGUACCUCCUGACUUUACCGUCUUCUACUCCUUGCCUGAUGCUCCGCGGCUAGAGGAUCCCUUUCAACGUGACUGGGGUUCGCCGCCGGAGGAUGUUGAGGAGGCCAUGAAGGAAGCUUACUUAUUUGGCUUCGAUUUGCCAUGCUAUCGUGUCAACACCUUCCAGGAGAAGAUCCGAGGAACAAUGAAAAACAAGGCUGACCGGGAAGAGGAAGAGGAAGAUGCCGAGGCCAGAGCAAAGCAGGCCACGCGUGAGAUGAUUGCCACCAGGAAUUGCUGUGUGCAAGUGCGGUUGCCAGACUUAGAUCCUCACCUGGCGUCGUUGAAGCAGUUUGCCUUGGAGGUGAGCGAUGAAUGCUUGAGGCUGAAUUUCCCGAUGCUUCCGCGUUCCCAAAAGUCUGCCUAUGGGAAUCUUUCGAUUUGGUGGCCAUUACCUUUCAAUGCUGCAGAUGCAAGAGCAGACUGGGAUCCCAAGGUGGGGCAGACAUGGACAACUUUGAUCGCUGAAGUCGUUGAUAACAGUAACGCUGAUACACUGAGUCAAAGGAAAACUAAUCCGAUGAGAGCAGUGCUAGAAGGGGAUGUGGGUUGA